AUGGCAACCGAAUCAAACCAGCUAGAGAAUGGUAAGGAUAAAAUUCCGGCAUGCCAGUCCUGUCGACGAAAAAAGGCGAAAUGCGAUCGUGAACAACCAUGUACGCAGUGCGUGCGAUUCAAUGUCGACUGUCUCUACGACGAUGGCCGUCUGAAACCGGGUCUGCGGGCUGGUGCUGUCGAGCAAUUGCAACACCGUGUCGAGACGCUAGAAAAUAUGUUCAUUGGCCAAGGCUUACUCUGGCAAAAGAUAUGGAAUUCUAUCAACCCUUCGUCCAGAGAAUGUUGUGCAAAUCCCUCAAGCUUUGACCAGUAUCGUCAGCAGGUAAAAGAUUCGUUUCUCCAAAUGACACCGGGUGAUGAAGAGUCUCCUCUAGAAGAAAAUAACGGUGAGCAAGAUGGCGAAGAAAGCUGUCAGCAAGAUGCAUACCCCGUUAAACGUCGAAAAACCAUUUCACAAUCCAAAUCUACAGAGCUAGCAACACCAUCGGCUCACACAUUGAGCGAUCAUGAUCUUCCAUCCCGAGAAAUAAUGAAUGAGUUGGUCGAAUUUUACUUUGCCAACGUGCACCACUGGAUCCCUAUUUUACAUGUUAAAAAGUUCCGACUACAGAUUCAAACAUCAGAAGGGUGGGAGAGUGCAACUCAGAUCUUGCAUGCAAUCGUGGCAACCUGUAUUUGCUUGGUUAAAUGUGUGGAUGUUGGUAGCUAUGAAACAAGGGUCCAGAUGGCCGCUGUAAGUCGACAGAAGGUGAUACUCAGCAGCAUGGAGUCGUUCUCUGUCGAGAACCUACAGGCUUUAGUGAUAAUCGCCUUUAAUACAAUCGGUAGUGGUCGUGGUCCAUCGGCGUGGUCGAUUGUAGGGAGCAUGACCAGGACAGUGGAACAGCUCCAGCUUAGUGUUGAAGAACCUGAAGAAGAUAGAUCGACGAAAAAAGGGGAAUACCUAAUCCGGCGAAUGGUUUUCUUGCAGCCUACUAAGACUUGGUGGCAAGCUGAGGAGCGACGAAGACUCUUCUGGGCCGUGUUUUUGAUGGACCGAUUCUGUAGUGUUUCCACCGGAUGGAAUCUCAGUCUCACAAGUGCAGAUGUCCGACGUCGUCUCCCAUGUGAAGGCGCUUUAUGGGAAAAGGAGCAUGAAGUUCUAGCUCCUUUUUUUGGCAUCACUGACAAGAGCUGUUUCCCCGGCAGUAUCCCGACCCUUGUGGACAAUCAAUUGAAAGAUAACCUUGAGCAAGACGCUGUUGGGGGAUUUGCCUACUGCAUCGAAGCGACAGAAUCUCUUACACUCGUCAUUAACUUUUUCGUUCAUCAUGCUUUGGACUUGAAAGAUGCACAAAACGCUCAAGUCUGGUUGAUGAGGUUCAAGGAGCUAGAUCUACGACUUGUUCAGUGGAAGCUUUUCCUGCCUCCAAAAUGGCGAACAGCGUCUGUGCUCAAUGAUGAUGGGGUGGUUGAUCCAAACCUCACCUUAGCGCACAUCACUCACAACACGGCUGUGAUAUUGCUGCAUCAGAGCAUCGCCUACCCACCACCUCAUUGGAAGAAUAGUCCCGUUCGACUUCCUUCAAACGUAUCAGUAGACACAUGCAUUGAGGCUGCAACCGAAAUUGCAGCCACUGGUCACCACUUUCUACACCACUCGCCCAUUCUCACCAAUCCGCAGUUUUCUUUUUGUCUAUUUAUUGCGGGGCGCAUGCUGCUAGCCCAUUGCAGAUACACUAGCGUUCCUAUCCCAGACCAGCUCGAUACUAUCGUUUCUAAUCUAUCGGAAAUAUCUCGACGGUGGGCUGGCCCUAACUCCCCAGACCGUGAAAACUUAGCAUCCGUAUUUGCAAAACGACUGGCCAAUGCCAGGAAACAUAUUCACUCCACCGCAUCCGCCCGUGGUAGUCUCGACAUCCGGCAAGCGGUCUAUUCGGACUCUCAAUCGAGGGUUAAUCCUGGUCCUUCAGGAGAACAUAAUAGCACUCCAGAGACACGGGCAGCCAUUGAUGGUCCACAAGCCAUUUUAAGCCAGCAAGACAAUGCCGUUAGUCCCAAUAUCUUAUACCAAAUUCAACAUGAUGACGGCCAUGGAGGAUCAACUUAUAGCUGUCUAUCACCAACCGGCUCCUUCAGUAACUCCCUUAGCCUCGCUUAUCCCCCUCUCCCUGUAUCCUUGCAGCUGCAAUACGCGCCAUUGACCGAGUCGAACAUACUAGAUCCAGUGUUGCUUGAAAAAAGCCAUGAGCGAACUUUCUAUGGCACUGGGUCAGUUGAAACAUUACCUGCCUCACAAUUUUGGUACUCUGGUUCACAAUAA